GAAGUCCCGGAUUGAGGCGCCGCCAUUUUUGCUGCUCGGACGCGGAGCGAGAGGUUGAGAGAGUCGGAGACGCUAUCCGCUUCCAUCCGUCGCGCAGACCCUGCCGGAGCCGCUGCCGCUAUGGAUGAUCGGGAGGAUCUGGUGUACCAGGCGAAGCUGGCAGAGCAGGCUGAGCGAUACGACGAAAUGGUGGAAUCAAUGAAGAAAGUAGCAGGGAUGGACGUGGAGCUGACAGUUGAAGAACGAAACCUCUUAUCUGUUGCAUAUAAAAAUGUGAUUGGAGCCAGAAGAGCAUCCUGGAGAAUAAUCAGCAGCAUUGAACAGAAAGAAGAAAACAAGGGAGGAGAAGACAAACUGAAAAUGAUUCGGGAAUAUCGGCAAAUGGUUGAAACUGAGCUAAAGUUAAUCUGUUGUGACAUUCUGGAUGUACUGGACAAACACCUCAUUCCAGCAGCUAACACUGGCGAGUCCAAGGUUUUCUAUUAUAAAAUGAAAGGGGAUUACCACAGGUAUCUGGCUGAGUUUGCCACAGGAAAUGACAGGAAGGAGGCUGCAGAAAACAGCCUUGUGGCUUACAAAGCUGCUAGUGAUAUUGCAAUGACAGAACUUCCACCAACGCAUCCUAUUCGCUUAGGUCUUGCUCUCAACUUUUCUGUAUUCUACUAUGAAAUUCUUAACUCCCCUGACCGUGCCUGCAGGUUGGCAAAAGCAGCUUUUGAUGAUGCAAUUGCAGAACUGGAUACGCUGAGUGAAGAAAGCUAUAAGGACUCUACACUUAUCAUGCAGUUGUUACGUGAUAAUCUGACACUAUGGACUUCAGACAUGCAGGGUGAUGGUGAAGAGCAGAAUAAAGAAGCGCUGCAGGAUGUGGAAGAUGAAAAUCAGUGAGACAUAAAAAAGCCAACAAGAGAAACCAUCUCUGACCACCCCAUCCUCCCCACCCCACCCCUUGGAAGUUCCCCUUUGUCACUGAGAACCACCAAAUCUGACUUUUACAUUUGGUCUCAGAAUUUAGGUUCCUGCCCUGUUGUUUUUUUUUUUUUUUUUUUUUUUUUUUUUCUUUUGUUCCCCACCCUCCCCUGUUUUUGAAAAACAGUUUUCAAAAGUUCUUAAAGGCAAGAGUGACUUUCUCUGGAUGUUACUGGUUCCAGCUUUCAAGUUCUUUAAGACACUAACAGGACUGCAUAAAGGCUUUUUCAGCAUUACUGUAUCGUCUCUAGCCAUGUAUGGCAAGAUCAUCAUUAGAAAUGGAAAUGGCACUUUUGAGAGAGAGCCUGUAGACUUCUAGGUGAUGCAGCUGAGAUUAAUCACAUGAUAGAGGCACAUAUGCUAUUAUUUUCCCUUUAAAAAAAUUGUUUAAGUUGGGUUUUUACCAAUGUUUCACCUUAACUCAAUUGGGUGUUAACUUGAGGUGGUUAAAGGUUGUUCUGGGGGAGUUUGUCAUAAUGGUUUUGCUGUAAAAAGUGUUUGGAACUCUGCCGAAGUGUUGCUGAAAAGCGUGGUGCUGGUAACAGUUCAACAAUCCGUGGCUGCUCAUUCUUGCCGACUCUUACUCUCCCUCUGAAGCAGGUUAGCGUUGAAGGUGGUAUGGAAGAGCCUGCAUGCGUGUUCAACUCUUUGUUUCUUCUCCUUCCCUCUCCUACUUCCCUCCCCCUUCCCUAUCCUUCGCUCGCUCAACCUCUUUCGUUCAGUAUGUGUAACUUGAAGCUAAUUUGUACUACUGGAUAUCUGACUGGAGCCACAGAUACAGAAUCUGUAUUGUUCUUACUGAAACACAGCAUGGAAUUAACAUUAAACUUAAAUAAAACAAACCUAAAUUAAAAAUGCCAAAUAUAUCACGCCUCCAUCCUUUAUACUUCUAAAAUAAAAUCUCCAGCCCAAA